UGCACCCAACCCUCAUAAAUUAACAUCCAAACAUCCCCACAGACACACACACACACACACUGGAGAGGAAGAGAGAGAUGAGAAAGGUAGUGUGCGUGACCGGAGCCUCAGGUUUCAUAGCUUCAUGGCUGGUCAAGCUUCUCCUCCGCCGUGGCUACACCGUUAACGCCACCGUUCGCCAUCUCAGUGAUUCGAGUAAGGUUGCACACUUGAACGCACUUGAAGGAGUUAAAGAAAGACUCCAUUUGUUCCAGGCCAACUUAACUGAAGAAGGAUCCUUUGAUGAUGCGAUUGAUGGUUGUGAUGGCGUCUUUCACACAGCAUCUCCUGUUAUACUUGAUAACUUUAGCGACCCACAGACGGAACUUAUAGAGCCGGCAGUGAAGGGAACACUCAAUGUUCUUAGUUCAUGUGUUAAGGCGUCGUCGUCUAUCAAACGAGUGGUGUUAACGUCUUCUAUGGCGUCAAUGAUAGUGAAUAGGAACCUUCAUAUCAAUGCUGCAAUUGAUGAAACUUGGUUUUCAGAUCCAACAUUUUGCGAAGAAGCUAAGCAAUGGUAUAUGCUCUCCAAAACAUUGGCAGAGAAAGCUGCCCUGAAACUUGCAGAAGAAAAUGGCAUGGACUUGGUAGUGAUAAAUCCUGCCUUUGUGAUUGGUCCUCUCCUACAGCCGACACUCAACGUCACUUCCGAUAGUUUCCUGAGCUUCAUCAAAGAAGGAAAGUGCAGUGGAAUGCCUGGUGGGAUUUUUCUACAUGUUGAUGUUAGAGAUGUUGCGGAUGCACAUAUCCUUGCAUUUGAGAACCCUUCAGCUAAUGGCAGAUACUGUGUUGUUGCCAAAGCGCUGUAUGCCUUUGAAGCUUUGGAUAUCUUACGUCAUCUAUACCCUAUGCUUAAUCUUCCCAUGAGGUAAGCCUCUGCAUCUUGUGUAUAGUAUAUAUUU